AUUACUAAGUGUGAGAGAGAUGAAUCCCACAAACUAUGCUUCUUAUACUCUUAUGCCCUUCCUUAUAUGCUUUGUUCAUGCAAUUAUCGUCAGCACAUUUGUGACUGUGAGUGAGAGUUCAUAUUCCACUUCUUAUGAAGAUCAUCACUUCAUGAGACGCGUCGACAACUAUCGAUACAAUACCCUCUCUUCUGCAGCUCCCUCUCGACCUCCUCUCACGGCAAUGUCGGGGUCACGUGUUUAUCACGUGGUUGCCUAUGGAGCUGAUCCCACCGGAGAAUCUGACAGCACUGAGGCAAUAGAGAAAGCCAUUUCCGAUGCAUUUGAGUAUCCCACAGAUGGUCAUUUGAUGAAAGGCAUUUUAGACCUUGGAGGUUCUCAACUUCACCUUGAUGGAGGGACUUACAAGAUAAGCCGUCCCUUGCGCUUACCGGACACAUCUGCCGGCAACUUCAUGAUACAUGGAGGAUCAUUACGUGCAUCGGAAUCUUUUCCAAGCAAUGGCCAUCUUAUAGAAUUAAGGCCUUCAUCACCUUCUGUGAUGUAUGAAUAUAUCACACUCAAGGAUCUAAUGUUAAACUGCAAUUUCAGAGGAGGUGGGAUAGCCAUUAUCAACUCAUUGAGAACUACAGUAGAUAACUGUUACGUAUCACACUUCACGAGCGAGGGAAUAGUAAUUGAAGGUGGGCAUGAAAGCUACAUACGAAACUCCUUCAUAGGGCAACACAUAAAUGUCGGUGGAGACCGAGGGGAAAAGGAUUUCUCAGGGAUUGGAGUGAAAAUAAUGGGAAACGACAAUUUGUUGAGAGACAUAGUGAUAUAUUCAGCAGAGAUUGGAGUGAUGGUAUUGGGACAAGCAAAUGUGAUAAUGGGAGUGCAUUGUUACAACAAGGCGAGGGCAUUGGGUGGGGUAGGAAUUUAUGUGAAGGAACCUGGUUUUACACAAACAAGGAUAGUGAAUUGCUACUUGGAUUACACAGGAGUGGUGGUGGAGGAUCCAGUUCAAGUGCAUAUAACAGGAUGUUUCUUCUUAGGGAAUGCAUUGGUUGUAUUGAAAUCGAUAGGGGGAGUAAUAAGCGGAUUGAAUAUCGUGGAUAACAUGUUCUCCGGAGAUUAUACAGGGGUGAGAAUAGUUGAGUUGGAUGAAUCCAAGACUCCCUUCACUAGAAUUGAUCAAGUGGUGGUAGAUAGAAAUAAUGUACGUGGGAUGGUGGUUAAAUCGACGGUAGGAAGAGGAUCGACGAGGGCGAAUGGAACGACUUGGACAGUUGAUUUCUCAAGCCUAUUGUUGUUUCCUAACCUCAUAAAAAAUGUAGUGUAUUCAUUGGAGAUGGAGCAAAGUGAGGGUCAAGGUCAGAUUCAAGUACUUCCAAACCAUGUUUUAACUAAUCUAACUCACAACAGAGUAACUGUCAGGUCCAAUUUAGCAAUAGCAGCAACAUUACAUGUUCAAGUACACCAAACAACCUAUGCCUUAUGAUACAUACUUUUGUUGAUUAGCUUGCUUGCCUCACAUUAAGAUUGAACUGAAACCUUAAUUCACUGUUUGUUGGUUCAUCCAUUGAUGUAUAGACACUAGUAAUUUAAAAGAAACAUCUUCAAUGUA